AUGAAAAGAAGACAAUAAAUCCAAUGGUUAGAACUUUAUUCAACCCAUCAAGAUCUAUGGAAUCACCGAACUUAGAGAGUUUGUUGCAUGCACUAUAUGACAGCUCUCCUUCCUCCUGUGCUUUCCAGUAUGCUCUUCCACUAUCUACACCAGCUUUCUCUCCAGAGGAUGAUGUCAAUGUUGGUACAGUUGUUGAAUGUGAAACAGGGGCUUUCAUACCUCCUUCCAUUUCUUCACAAGCAAAAGAUUGCAGUAGUGUAGAUGAGCUACUAGAGAAAUUGCCAACAUUUACUCCAGACCAAGCUGAAGCAUUGGAAAAGUCUACCAGAGGACAAUGGCAAUCACCCCUGUGGAAAGAACAGCGACACGGAAGGAUAACAGCUUCUUUGGUAUACAGAAUAGUGACAAGUAUGCAUACUGCUGAAAGAAAACCAGACACUGAUACCACUAAUCUCAUCAAAAG